AUGUCAUUCGGCCUGCAAAGGUCGAAAGAGCAAAGUACCAUUGGCCCACGACAUAUUGGUCCGGUGCUAAGCCACCGCAAACGCUGCGCAGCACUAAUUCGCCCUCACGUGCCAGGACUGUCUCGGGCAACAGUAUACAGAGCGUUUUAUCAGGCUGCCCAAAGGAAUGACCCCAUGCACAAAUGGCCAACCUACAUACAACAAGCAAGAGACCGCGAGAGCUUGCCUACCAACACAAAGCCACCUCCCAAACUGAGCGAAGAAUGCGUAAAUGCCUUUCUAGACGUUCUGCAUACGAGAUUAGUAACCGUUGUUGGCAACCAGGCGAGGUACGCCUUUCCAGACAAUGCCCCUCCGCACGCCACGAUUUGCAACUGGAUGUAUGAGCUGCCUUUCCCAGAAAACACUAUGUUUGCGUUUCAACGGAUCAUCUUCAGUGCCAUAGCCACAUGGUUAGCCUACAAACAAGACACGGAUGCAGGAGAGAAGAUUGUGGAAAAGAAUUUCCCUGGAGGUGCCUUGCCGUGGCAGCCCGUCCGCAUCCCACGCGUUCGCCACGGCGUUGCCACGGCGUUGCCUCCACCCGGAGGCGAUUGCAAGCAUCCUAAAUGA